UGUCAAACUGUGACACUCUUUGCAUAGGGGAGGUUGGUGCUGUGUGAGGAUAACAAGCAGUGAAGAGACUUCAGUCUGAUUAAACAUUAGCUGGGUGUCUUGGUAAAGGAGGGGGAAUGUAGAGGAGGUGUUAUGAGAUGUACUUUGCACCUUCCAAAGGAAGACUGCAGAAACCUAAAGCAGGAAUGAAGAAGCGCUCAGAAAUUGAAGAUGACCUUGUAUUAACCAUGAGGUUUCAGUUUAACCCAAAACUUGGAAUUGAUAAUCCUGCUUUGUGUCUGGGAGAAGACACCGGUUCCGAUCCUGAGCCUUCAGCAAGGUUUUGCGUGUUGAGGAAAGAUGCAGAUGGUGGUUUUGCCUUUUAUUUGAGGAAGGAGCAGGAGAGAGAAGGCCAUAUUGUGAGGCAGGUGAUGCCUGGAGGGCCGGCCUAUCUUGCAGGACUGAGGGAUGGAGACCAGCUGCUACAGAUUAAUGGAGAGUAUGUGCAUGAACAGGAACACCUGAGGGUGGUACAGAAAAUAAAGUACAGUGGUUCCCGGGUAUCACUUGGUGUCCUGGAUGAAGCAGCUUAUGAAAGGCUACGCUCCAGUCACAGGUCCCCAGCAUCCGUCCUUCCCAGUUUUCUCCCUGAUUCAUGUCCUCGUCCCCGCUUCUACCGUGUGAAGAAUGAAGGUCGAGGCUUUGGAUUUACUGCCAGUGCCACAGGUGGUGUGCGAGGGACAUUCCUGCUUCAGGUGGAUGAAGGGGGUCCAGCACAGAAGGCUGGGGUUCCUCAUGGCUCCCGACUGUUGGAAGUGAACGGAGAGAGUACAAUCAGUAUUACUUUGAGUCAGCUCACUAAGAAGUUGCAACGUAAAAGUUCGCACGUAGUUCUACUUGUACUGGAAGCCUCCGCUUGGGAUAUCUAUGAAUCUCAUGGGGUUCCACUGAGUGCAGCACUUGCUGAAACAUCCUCUCUCCCUUACCGGACAAGGAAACUGCACCUGGUAAAGGGUACACAAGGAUAUGGGUUCCUCCUGAGACAAGAGAAGUGCCCAGCAGGUCAAGGUCAGUUCCUGCGUGAGAUUGAUCCUGGACUUCCUGCAGAGGAUGCUGGAAUGCGUGAAGGAGACUGUCUUCUGGGGGUCAAUGGGCAGAGUGUAGAGGGACUAGAACAUGAAGACAUUGUCAGCAUGAUCCAGGAAAGUGGCAAGCAGGUCACAUUAAUUGUCAUCAGCAACGAAGGGGACAGAUUCUUUAGUGAGAUUGGACUUUCCCCCUUGCUAUUCUAUGAAGAAGCUAUUUUAAAUCAUUCAGAAUGUAAGAAUACAACCCAAAUAACCACUGACACUCCAUCUGGACCUGGGCAUACAGAUCCACAGGUGAAGGCAGAUCCUGCCAAAAGCCACAGUACUUCCACAGAGAUACAGAGGAAUGAGGAAUAAUGAUCCAUCGCUACUGCCAUUGUGACAAGAAAUGGUACGAACACUUCUGCACUGGAACAACUAUCAAUUAAGGCACAUCAAAAUUGUGGAGAAAAUAAUAACUAUGGAUCCUGUGGCUUAUGUCACCAACCACAACUGUGUGAUUUAUUCUAAAUCGUCUCCUGUCUGAUUUAAAAUAUAAUAUAUAAUGUCACUUGUGACCAAGGAUAAUUAUAUCACACAUGACCAUGAUCACAACUGCUAAGCUGUUUGCUAGUGGCUUAUAUGGUAUAUCACUCUAGUCACAGCUAUAGUAGGGAUAAUUCUAGAUUUAUGGCACAUUAUUUUGUGUUAAGUUGAUUUAUUAUUCAUGCACAGCUUAAAAUAUGCACUUUCCGAAAUACAGCACAAAACACCACAUAUACUAUUCAUAGUGCCAAUCUGACUUCAUUAUGUGCUUCAGACCAACAUUUUCAAAUAAAUCUGUAGGCUGCUGAGAGAUGCAGCCCAUUGCCCCAUGUAUGUAUAAUGACAUUUGUAAUCAGCAUGGAACUGGGGCUUGGUCAUGCAAAAAUUGGGAAGGUAGGUGAGAACUGCACUAUGGUUCUCUACACAGGGCUGGAUUUACAUAGGGGGCACCCCUAGGCCAGCUGCUGUUCAUUGCUCCCCAUGCCCUCCCUUUUAUUCAUGCAAAUUUUCAUCAUCGGGACCAGAGCAAUGGGGAUUGGCAAACAGGAGAUUUAAAAAACCAUUGUAUCUCCUGCGCAUCCCCAGUGUUUCCGAACCAAUGCAGUUGUGGUUGGGCAGCAUGCCGCCCCCUAAAAUACUGCCGCACUAGGCCUGGGCCUUGGAGGCCUUUCCACUAAUCCAGGCCCGUCUCUACACAGACUUCACAUGUGAUUCAGCGACUCUGGGGCUGAAUUAAUGGAUCAGCCGAAUUAGGACAGCAGUCCUGAGUUUAAUAGAUACCUAGGCACUAUCUUUAAAAGGAUUUAUGUUCUCCUCAUGUCUGUGUGGGUUUCCUCCAAUUACUCUGGUUUCCUCCCACACUCUCAAAAUGUACAAGCAGGUUAAUUGGCUCCCUAGUUGACCCUGUUGUGUGAAUGAGGCAGCACGAUCUGCUAUGAAUGAUGAAAACUGCUGCCUUAAAUAUGUCAGCUCUAUAAGGAAAAGGAUAAUAAUUUGGCCCAUUACAGUGCUAAUAUUGACCAAAUAUCUACUUAUUUGCUGACCUCACUGAACAAACUUGAUUAAUGCAUUAAUGAAGAGAAAGAGAGGGCACUGUGUCCAAAGAGAAGCAAAACAUCUCACAGAGUAGUUAAAGCAAAAAACUUUAUACAAAAGAAAUACUAGUUAACAAUGGUUUGCUUAGAACUAUUCAGUCCAUUACCCCUUGCCCAUGUGGCUUUAAUUGUUAGCUGAUUCCAAGAACCGGAACAUUCUGCAACAAGUUUUGAUUAAUUGAAUUGAAUUGUUAUUUAAGGAUACUGCUAACGCUUACAAUCUUGUGAUUUUUUUAUUUAAGAUGCCGGGAAUAAUUCAGCUAUGUUGGGGUCUCAUGAGGACCUGAUUCAGUUUUAGGACAUAUGAGUAUAAAAUGUAUUAAUGGUUCCUUGCUUCCUGAAACAAUGUAAUAUGUUGAGAAAAUAAAAACAAUUCAGAAUAA